UCCAGAGACUGUCCAAAAAGGAAAAAAAAAAAGCGCCUAUUCACAACCUCACGUUCUUGCUAUUUACCCCCUGAUUUGGAAGCUGGACUGUCUCCUUUGGCUACGAUGAAGCGACCUUGCGAGGACACUACCUCAGACAGUGAUAUGGACGAGACUAUAGACGUAGGGAGCGAAAAUAAUUAUUCUGGGCCUAAUGCCAGUUCUGUGAUCCGGUCAAAUUCUCCUACCACAACAUCUCAGAUUAUGGCCAGGAAAAAAAGAAGAGGGAUUAUAGAGAAAAGGCGCCGUGAUCGUAUAAAUAACAGCUUAUCCGAACUGAGGCGACUUGUACCGACUGCUUUUGAAAAACAAGGAUCUGCCAAAUUAGAAAAAGCAGAAAUCCUGCAAAUGACAGUGGAUCAUUUGAAGAUGCUCCAGGCGACAGGCGGGAAAGGUUAUUUUGACGCUCAUGCUCUGGCCAUGGAUUUCAUUAGCAUUGGGUUUCGAGAAUGUCUAACCGAAGUUGCAAGAUACCUGAGUUCUGUGGAAGGUCUAGACACGGCAGACCCUCUGCGAGUCCGACUAGUCUCCCAUCUCAGCUCGUGUGCUUCCCAGAGGGAAGCCGCUGCCAUGACCUCGUCCAUGGCACAUCAUCACCAUCCUCUGCACCCUCAUCAUUGGGCGGCUGCUUUCCAUCAUCUCCCUACGGCUUUAUUGCAUCAGAAUGGAUUACAUCCCUCCGACGUCUCCCCCUGCAGACUGUCCACAGCCUCAGAAGUGCCUUCCCAUGGCUCAGCUCUCCUCACCGCCACUUUCGCCCAUGCCGAUUCCACCCUCCGAGUGCCCUCGGCGGGCAGCGUCGCUCCUUGCAUCCCACCACUUUCUACCUCUCUCCUCUCGCUUUCUGCCACUGUGCAUGCUGCAGCAGCGGCAGCAGCUCAGAGUUUCCCUCUUUCUUUUGCUGGAGCAUUCCCAAUGCUUCCUCCAAGUGCGGCAGCAGCAGCAGCAGUGGCUGCCGCCGCAGCCAUUAGCCCCCCUUUGUCUGCUAAUUCUCAGCAACCCAGCAGUAAUGGAAACACUAAACCCUACCGACCUUGGGGUACUGAAGUUGGAGCUUUUUAGAUUUGCCCUUCAAAAUGCCUCCUGCGAUUAGAACAGAAAGCUCUUGCACAAAGCUUAGGUGGUGAACAGCUCAAGGAGCCGGACGGAUGCUCAAGACACAGAAGAGAAAGAGCAAGCAAAUCUGCCAUAAGAAUUGUCAGGAUGGAGGUUUUUCUACUUCGUUUGAGUCAGACCUCAUUCUGGAUGACAGUGGUCUUCAAAUGAUAUCUUAUGUCGCCUUUAAUGCUCUUGCUAUGCAUUUUUAUUUGCCAGGGAAGUGGUGGAUUGUAACUCACAAAAUCUUCCUCAAAAACAAAUGCUGUCCUAAAUGCUUAAGUGCCUGUCCCGUUCUGAAUAGGCAGUGUAUUUAUAUGUGUUUCUUUGCAUUUUUUAUCUAAGGCUAAACCACCGUGCAAACAUGAAAAUGAUGCUGGGGAGGAAACAAUAGAAUUUGGAAUCAGCUAAUAAGAUCCAGAAUAGGGAUACAAUUUCUGAAUAAGUACUUCUACACGCAGUAAGGUGGCAGCCCUUUAGUAUCAGUGGAACCCUACCAAACUAACUAUGCAGAGUUGAAUUUUAAGAAUAACAAGGUUGCUGAGAUUGUAUAUACUUAAUCUCAUCUAGUUUACUUUCAUUGUGUGGAUCUAUCAAAUGUCUGCCAUGUAAUUUUGAUACAAGCACUAAACUUCCAGUGUGGUUUAA